GCGCCAACGGUUUGCAUGUUGCAUGUGUUUAGCUUUACACGUUACACCUAGACCACCUCGACUAAAAAAUCCACUUAUCACUGUUUAUCACGCCAACGAGGGUUCUGCAAGAUGUCCGAGCAAGACGCCAUGGACGAGAACCUGAAGAAGAGAAGUCAUGAGCAAUUGAAUGGCGAAAACACAGAGCCUAAAUCGCCAGCACCAGAUACUACGGUCAAAACAGAGGAGAAUGGCACUACCGAAGAUGGGGUGGAGCCGAAGAAGGUGAAGCUCGAAGAGCCCGCUAACGGCGAUGACAAGAAUGACACAGAAUCCAAACAAAUUGACGCAACCAACGGGACAGCACAGGAAGACGCUCAAAUCGUGGUUGUUCCACCAACUGUGCCCCAAUUGUUUUACAGUCCUCUCAAGACGGGAUUGGUUUAUGAUGUCAGAAUGAGAUACCACGCCAAAAUAUUCACUUCUUAUUUCGAGUACAUAGAUCCCCACCCAGAGGAUCCUCGCCGUAUUUACAGGAUAUACAAACGGUUGGCAGAGGCUGGGUUAAUCCAGGAUAGUUCCUUGGCUGGUACCGAAGAUAUCGGUCCGUUGAUGGUAAAGAUUCCCAUCAGGGAGGCUACUGCAGAAGAGAUAUUGGAGGUACAUUCCGAGGCGCACUUGCAGUACAUUCAAUCGACGGAACUGAUGAAUAGAGAACAAUUGUUGGAGGAAACAGAAAAGGGAGACUCCAUCUACGUGAAUAACGAUUCCUACAUUUCGGCCAAGUUAUCCUGUGGUGGUACAAUCGAGGCUUGUAAGGCAGUGAUCGAAGGUAAAGUGAAAAAUUCCCUUGCAAUCGUUAGACCGCCAGGCCACCAUGCCGAGCCCGAUACUCCAGGAGGUUUCUGCCUUUUUAGCAAUGUUGCAGUGGCAGCGAAAAACAUUCUUAAGUCAUAUCCCGAGUCAGUCCGCAAGAUUGUUAUUGUGGAUUGGGAUGUCCACCAUGGUAAUGGUACUCAAAAAGCAUUCUAUGAUGACCCAAGGGUGUUGUAUAUUUCGAUUCACAGGUAUGAGAAUGGUAGGUUUUAUCCAGGAACAAAAGCUGGUGGCUCAGACAUGGUGGGUGAAAAGGAGGGUGAAGGUUACAAUAUCAACAUUCCUUGGAGAAGUUCUGGCGUGCAUGACGGUGAUUACGUCUAUGCAUUUAACAAAGUUAUCUUACCCAUAAUUGCAGAAUUUGAUCCUGACUUAACCAUUGUCAGUUCUGGCUUUGAUGCUGCCGAUGGUGAUAUAAUUGGUGGCUGUCACGUUACACCAGCAGGCUAUGGGUUCAUGACACAUGCGUUGAAGGGAAUAGCCAAGGGUAAGGUUGCAGUUAUUUUAGAAGGUGGAUACAACUUAGACUCCACUAGUAAGAGUGCUUUAGGUGUUGCCAAAGUUUUGGUGGGUGAAGUACCGGAGGACACAAUUUCGUUGCAGCCCCAUUUGGAUACAAUCGAAGUUAUCGAUGAGGUUUUGAAGAUUCAAUCAAAGUACUGGAAAUCCUUGAAACAGGGCUUACCAGGAAAGUCGUUUGAUGAGAUUUAUGAUUUGUCCAAUGAAAAUGAAAGUUAUAAUCUUGUGAAUAUAGCUGAACCAAUACGGUCUCAUCAAUUGUCGGACUUAUUCAACAGACAUUCCUUCAUUAGCAUUCCCAUCAUUCCAAAAUUUACUGCCAAUGAAAAAUCUAAUUCAUUUACAAAUGACUUGCCGCCAAACUUGGAUGAUAUUAUUGUUGCAAGUCCUAACAUUUAUGACUGUUCUAUUGUAAUUUUAACUAUCCAUGAUCCUCCUGAUAUUUGGGCGAAUGUCAACCCAAUAAAUGGAAAUAUAGAGGCAAACUCAUCAAUCGUUUUGCAACAUCCCUUGACUCAGAUUAUGGCCAAAAUAAAACAGGAGACCGAAAAUAAUGAUUCCACGCAAUCUAACGACAAUAUUGGGUAUAUUGAUAUUAAUAUUCCUUCAUAUCAAUUUCCAAUUCCUGCAGGCUCCUCUGCUUCAGGGCAAUCUCGAAGCUAUAACCCAACCAUUUUUGCUCAAGAACUCUUGUUGUACGUCUGGGACAAUUAUUUAGCAUACUUUUCCCAAUUGAAGAAGCUAGUAUUCGUCGGAUUUGGUAAUGCUUAUCAAUCAAUUGUCCACUUGUAUGGAAAGAGACCAUCGCAGGAGAUCAAGGAGUUGGUUAAAGGUACGGUUGCUUUCGUAGGAAGGUCUAGUUUGAAGUCAUUAGUUUUGGCAAUGGAUGAAUCAAUGGUGGACUGGUACUAUCAAAAUUCAGUGGUAUUUACGAGUUGUCUAAAUGCUUGUUGGCAGGGUACCAAUGGGACUAUUGGAAGAGGGGCAUCUGUUAAAUCCGAAGCAAACGGUGCUGACGAUGGAAGUAAAAGACCAAGAAGAAAAUUCGGUAGAGUUUUGAGAGCCAAUGCCGAUGGACUUUUUGAUGUGAUAAAUGAAAAGUUUGAUGAAGGGAUGGAUUUCAUUCUUGAUUCGAUCGAGGAUUACUCCUCGAGUGAUACCAAUAGCUAGAAGAAAGUGCCAAGGGAAGUUGUUACUGCACUGACAAAUUUAUUUUACCCGAAGCAUGAUUUAACUGGUUAGUCGCUUUCUUUGACUGUAUGCGAAAUCUGCAGAGAACUACAAUAAUGAAAAGACAUUACAGAUAUGUUGU